AUGGGAUAUACACCAAGCUGUGUUAUUACAGAUCAAGACCCUGCAUUAAAGGUCGCAAUACCUAACAUUAUGCCGGAAACAAGGCACCGAUUCUGUAUGUGGCACAUAAUGGAAAAAGUGGGGGACAAGGUAGGGAAUGCACUAGCAAAAAACAUGGACUUCAGGAAGGCACUGAACAAUACAGUAUGGGAUGAAACUUUAAGUGCAACUGCAUUCGAAUUGAAAUGGGCAGAGGUAAUGCAGGAGUACAACCUUGUCCACCACCGGUGGUUCGAUCAAAUGUACAAAGCCCGUGCAUCAUGGAUACCUGCAUAUUUUCAAGACAUAUUCAUGGGCGGACUACUCAAAACAACAUCACGGUCAGAAUCAGAGAACAGUUAUUUUGGCAAAUUCACCAACCACCACAACAGCUUGGUAGAGUUCAUAAUGCAAUACAACCGUGCCAUCGGAGAACAAAGGUACAAGCAAAAACAGCUAAACGCAGAGGGCGAAAGUUCAUUCCCUGAAACUAAAACCCCAUUGGCCAUAGAACGCCAAGCCGCUGCAACGUACACCAAAAACAUAUUCUACGACUUUCAGGAAGAAAUAUGGGAAGGAAGCUUCACAUGCAAAAUCACCUGCAAGACAAAUGUCGACGGGGGUUCCAAGUACACUGUUCAUGACACUGGGGAACAAAUAUUUGAGGUAACGCACGAAGAAUCUACUAAAAGAACACAAUGCAAUUGUAACAAAUUCAACAGAGUAGGACUAUUAUGUAAGCAUGUGUUAGCCGUGUUCAAGAACGAAGGCGUGGAAGAAAUACCAGGAUGCUAUAUUGUUCCCCGUUGGACUAAGAAUGCGUGUGCACAGCCAAUGUACAAUGUAGUGUGGAAAGCAUCCAGUACCACACAGGGUGGGAAUGAAUUACGAACAAUUGCCAACCAACUAUGGAAUGAAUUCUACAACUGCAUGGGAUUGGCUAAUGGAUGCCCAAACGAAAUGGAUAUAAUGUUAUCAACAAUGCAAGAACUUAAAGGGAGGCUACAAAGCGCCAGACAACAAACCAAAGCAAGCACCACCCCACAAUCAGUGAUUGAAUCAAUACUAAACACCACUGCACCGGCCGAGAUCCAAAUCAAACCCCCAAGCGUUGCAAAGAAGAAAGGUAGUGGGAAAAGAUUAAAGAGCAACAAAGAGAAAGCAACCGAAAAACACAAGAAAAAGGUGAGGACAUGCGCUACUUGCGACCGGCCGGGCCACGACAGCAGGAAUUGCCCAGAAAGAAAACCCCUACCAGACGAGUAG